AUGACGACGUCAAUUGCCACACCAAAUUUAUCAUCAUUUUAUUAUCUCAUAAGCAUUUCAAAUUCCACAAUACCAGGAUCUACUUCAAAAUUUACAUUACCAAUGUGGAUAAAAAUAGUCAUCGUGACAUUUAUGAUAUUAAUUGAUAUAAGUGCGUUUGUGGGUAAUGCUUUAGUUAUUGCAGCAUUUUUUCGUACGAGACGUUUACAAACGGUAACAAAUUAUUUUAUUGCCUCAUUAGCUUAUGCUGAUUUAUUAGUAGCCGUAUUUGUACUACCAUUAUCUAUUUAUUAUUUUUAUCGCGAUCGAUCGUGGAAAUUAGGUUUAAUACUAUGUGAUUUAUGGGUUAGUUCCGAUGUAUUACUAUGUACCGCCUCUAUAUUAAAUUUAACGUGUAUAUCAGUUGAUCGUUAUAUGGCCAUAACAAAACCGUUGACAUACACCGCUUAUCGUUCAAAAUUUUUAGCACGAGUGAUGAUUGUAUGUGUAUGGAUUGUAUCUGCUAUUAUCACUUGUCCACCCAUAUUUGGAUGGAGAGAUGCAAAUAGAAAAACACAAGUCGAACAGAAUAAUGAAUGUGAAUUGAAUACUGCUACUGGCUAUGUUAUUUAUUCGGCAUUGGGUUCAUUUUACAUCCCGGCAUUCGUCAUGUUCUUUGUUUACAUAAGAAUAUUUAAAGUUGUCUAUGAACGUGAAGGUUUAAUUAAAAAAUUUCAUCAUAACCAGGAUACAAAUUUAAUUGAUAAUAACAACAAAAUAACACCCGCAUUCUGUCGUUUAACAACAUCACAAAAAAACGUAUUCCCUGGAAAUGAUCAUACUAAACAAUUGAAAGAUGAUGAAACAAAUGUACAGCAACAGAAAACAACAAAAAUGAGUAAAACAUUUUCGUCCGUAUGCUGUUGUUGUUUUUGUUGUUGCAAACGUAAAAAACAACAGCAACAACAACAACCAAAAAUAAAUGAAUCAGUCGUUUUUCGCUUUGGUAGUGGUAAAGCUGGUGACUAUAAUUAUUCAGGAAGUGAUUCUGUUAAUUCACCAGUACUAAAUAAUAUUUGUCGACCGUGCACAUUAAAUAUGACAAAAUCGAACGGUACGGUUAAAAAUCAAGAUGAUGUUAAACAUCGACGUAAUUAUUUUCGUUCCGGAUUUCCAACGGCUGCUCCAUAUACAUUUCGUACCGGUGAUUCACCUUGUUUUGAAUUAAAAUGUUUUGAUUACGUUGAAACUCAACAACUAUCAAUAAAAAAAUGUCGAUCAACAUCAUCCGAAUCACAUUAUAUUGUGGAAGAUUUAAAUGCUGCUCUUAGUCGAAGUAGACAGUUAAAAGAAAAUAUGAAUAAUAAACACACUGAUGAUUUAAAAAGUUCGAAAUCUUCUCCAUCAACAUUUACACUACCAGCACAAAAAGAUGAUCAACGACUCAUUAGUGACGAAAACCGAGCAGCAAGUAUUUUUCACGCCAGUUAUGAGGUCGAUAAUGGUAUUAAUAAUAAAAACAAUGAUGACGACGAAGAUCUAUUUCGAUUAGUUACAGUUCAACGUUCCCAGAAUAAAUUGGCUCGAUCCGUCGAUGAAUUGACAACAGCAUCUAUACAUAAUUACUCAUUAUUAAAUAAACCAUCUUCUUAUUCGAGUUUAAUAUUAACUAAACGUCAGAAGGAUUUUUCUAGUAGCCGAGCACAUCCAAAUUUAGCGUAUCAAAAUGGUGGUAGUACGAUGAAAUGUGAACCAACACGUAUUAAUCGAAGAACAAAUGGAAAAUUAAAACAUUCAAGAAUCGAUCAGAAUACAUCCAUAAAAUCGAUGACAUCACAAAAUUCAUCAUUUAAAACUAAGUUAAACUAUUUAUUAUUUUGUUGUCCUAAUAAAUGUAAUGGAGCUGAUACAGCAAAUCAUCAUUCAUUUAAUAAGGUUAGAACAUCAUUGACAAAUGAAGAAGACGAUGAAGAUACGUCAAAUGAAAAAUCAUCAAAUGAAACAAAUAAAACCCCGUGUACAAUGACAGCCAGUCCAAGUCUUCUUAAUGAACGAAAUAAUUUAAUUAUAAUUCCAAAUAAUAAUAGUUUAAAUACAAAUAGUAAUCGUGUUCGUGAUGUUAAUCGGCGUGAACGUUUAAGGUUUAUGAAAGAACAAAAAACAGCCAAAACUUUAGCUAUUGUAGUGGGAGGAUUUAUUUUGUUCUGGUUACCCUUUUUUAUCAUGUAUUUAAUUGGUACAACAUCUGUGACUUUGGAUAACAAUUUAACAGCGUUUUUAACUUGGUUAGGAUAUUUCAAUUCAGUCAUAAAUCCCUUUAUCUACGCAUAUUGUUCCAAACAAUUUCGAAUGGCAUUUUGGAAUUUAACAUUUGGAAAUUGUACAAAAAAAUCAACAUUAUCAGUAUCAUUGAAAAAACAAGAGUAUCAACGUCGUACAGUGAAUAAUAAAGAUUAA